UACUUCUGUACAUAACUCUUACACCAGCGCAAAAGGGCUCAUACAUGCUCAUAUCCGGGGUCUCUGAAUAGGCAGUAGCUAUCCACUGGAUCGUUCAUGGAGCCUCUCGGGCCCAGAACUCCCGAGCUCGAUGUCCGGUCUAGCCCACACAGUGGAUGCUGACAUCCCUCCAGGAGCAUCCAUCACGCGGCCGCAUUGUAUGAUGGAGACUUCCUAUAUAAGAUCGGGGGGUUGCUGCUUGCCGUGGGCAACCAGUCUUGCCUCUCCUAGGUACUUAUCCUACAUAUUCUGCCAAUUACCUAGGUGCCUACCUACCCAAGUAGUUAGCUCCCUUCUUCUCCACCUCCUUAUCCUUGUGCGUGAUACCUUGCGCAAAAAAUGCGAGCUUCCACCUCGCUUUCCCUUGUCGCACUGGCACUUGGUGCCUUGGCCUCCCUGGAGUCACCCGUGGCUGCCGGUGGGCGUUCUCCUAUCGUGAAUCGAGCAUGCGACAACUCUGCCAUACUCCGAAAUUACGGUGUCGUCCUCUUCCGGGCUUUUGACCCGCAAGAUGUCUUUGGGCCGCUCGAGCUUUUGCAAUUGGUCUCGCACCAGCAUCAUAUGAACCUCUAUCUUCUGGCCGACACUCUCGAUCCCGUCACAACCGAACCAGCGUCGGCCGCUAUGAACCCCAAGAACUCCAGCUUCUCUCCCAUCAUCCAGCCAUCGCACACCUUCGCCGACGAUCCGGACCUGGACGUGCUAAUCGUGCCCGGUGGACCGGGAGUCCGCUCACCCGAGUUGAACUCAACGCUCGACUACAUCACCAGGACGUACCCCAAAGUCAAAUAUCUCAUCACGAUAUGCACAGGAUCCGGUCUCGUGGCAAAGACGGGUAUUCUGAAUGGCAAGAGAGCCACAACGAAUAAGACGUCUUGGCCAUCCAUCAUACCCAUGGGUCCGCUUGUAAAGUGGGUUGCACCGGCUCGGUGGGUGGUGGACGGGAACAUUUGGAGUUCGUCAGGGAUAACUGCUGGUAUCGACUGCAUCUUUGCAUUUGUCAAGACCAUGUAUCCUGACGGACAAGCUCUUUUUGACGAGUUUGCCAAGCUCAUUGAGUAUCAACCGCAUGAGGAUCCCUGCUGGGACCCCUUUGCGGCCAUGAACAACAUCACCAGCCAGAACCAACCUGACUGUAAAUAGUUAGCUUACAUAUCUUCAACCAGAAAAUCAUUGGCUCAAUCAACAAUCUAAUCUAAGAGCUGUUCCUGACGUCAACGCGCUUCGCUUCCCAUUGCA